AUGCCGAGCCAGCAGGGCCGGCGACACAAAGAAGCGCUGUCCCCUGCCAAGCGCCGCCCCUCGGCUCGCCCGCCCGCCGCCGCGGCGCUGCCUGCCGGGAAGCCCCUUCCCUGCCGCACUGUGCGUCCCCUCUGCACCCAGCCCUGCCCCCUCCAGCUGCAGCCGCGACCCGGUGAGUGGCCCUCUGUGGAAGCCCCGCAGGCCGGAGAAGGGACGGCUGAUGAGGACCUCGGCCUGGCUCUGGGGGAGGGCGGUGCCGGAGGCCGAGGGGGCGCGAGGGGGCGCGGGCGGACCUGCGGGACCUGCGGGACCUGCGGGAGAGGCGCGCAGCGGGCUGGGGGCGCCGGGAUCUGGGAUGGGUCCCUCGCUGAUUGUGUCCUAGCCCCUGUUGCUGACUGGGCUCCGCGUCGCCACUGCCGCAUUGCUGCCCCUCUCCGGGUUCUGACAUCUGAUGUUUGUGUUUGCAUGCUUUGUGUGGUCGAGAUACGCACGGGCCCGACCCGGAGAGCAGCAUCUCCUCCGCAGCUUCGUAGGAUGCGAAUGCCACAGCCCAGGGAGGAGGACUGUGACCAGCUGGAUAUGGGACAGGAGGAAGAAGGGGCACAACUGUGACUCUGUGCGGUUUGCCGUCCUGGCUAUUUGUGGACACCAGGAGGAGCAGGGAAAGGACAAGCUC